UAGAUUUGCCCUGUAAUCUAAAUGCAGUUUAAGUUAAGUCUUAUUUUGGUUAUUGUUCUUUUAGUGUGUGUAAGUGUUAGUUAUUCUCAGUAAAUCCUGCAUUAAAAUACUGUGAAGUGCUCAGUCGUUUUAAAGAUAAUACCUUUUAAAUACAUGUUAGUCUUAAUGUCAGUCAGGGUUAUGUGUGUAAAACACGAAACCCUUUUUAAAAUCUUCUUAGUGCCAUAACAAUCACUAAAUAGUUGGCGUCAACAGUUAUAUGGCACUGACUUUAGCGAGCUUGUUUGUGGUUUCCAUUUAAAAUACCCUCAGUACGGGGGUUAAUACACAGAGGUUAAAGGUUAAAGGGUUCGGGAGGGUAUCAGGGUUAAGAGAACUACAAAUUCUUACAUGAUUUGAGAAUCGUUGUCCAAAGGCUUUUAUAGUUAAAAUGUAAAGUUUUCAUGGAAUUUUUCUUUGCGUUCUUUAGAAUUGUUUUCCACUCGCUGGACGUUAUUAGAUGGUAUUUACUGAAGGUGCAACACACAAGGUCUUAAUCUGUGACAUCGCCGCUGUCUGUGGCACAUCAAGGAUUUGUGGAGUGUAAGAUUAGAGCUCUACGUCGUCAUAAAUCUCUGCUUCCCAAUUCGGCGGGGUGGUGGCGGGUGGGGCAGUUGCUAGGUGUGGUCUGUGGAUUUGUUGGAUAAAAUGUUUGUGGGUCUGCGUAGGGUCGACCUCGAAGAAGUUUUGUUUAUUUUUUUCAGCGCAGGACACGUCUAAUUGUCACGUUCACAUGGCUUGAUGCUCUUUCUUAGACCGGAUUUUUUUCUAGAACCUGCUUUUUGUUUGUGAGAACGGACAGCUGCCGGAGUUGACCCAGGACUUUUUAUGGUGCUCUGCUGCGGCUCUCCAUGAUGAACUACUGCAUACCAGACAUGUAUGAGAUGCCUCACGCUGAGGUGGGAGCAUACACGGUGCAGGGCGGUGGGGAACACUGCAUGUACCCAGGUGAGGGGCCCGGGUACAGGCACUGUGAACCCCAGCCGCUGCACCAUCCGCCCUGCGUGGAGCAGGCUUGGCCUCCCAGCCAGCACUACUGCUGCUCAUACGCCGGUGGCCCUCCGGUUUUUAAGAGCGAGUUUUGCAGCAUGGAGAUCCCUCUGAGUCGUUUCCACCAUCAGCCUGAAUAUUUCCCUGACCUCAAUCCCGACUUCUCACACCUGCAGUGGAUGCAGGGGGCGCACAAGAAAGGGUACAUUCCAAGUUACCUGGACAAGGAUGAGCUCUGUGUAGUGUGCGGGGACAAAGCCACAGGCUAUCACUAUCGCUGCAUUACCUGUGAAGGUUGCAAGGGUUUCUUCAGGCGGACAAUCCAGAAGAAUCUCAACCCAACCUACGCCUGUAAGUAUGAGGGGAAAUGCGUCAUCGACAAAGUGACCCGAAACCAGUGCCAGGAAUGUCGCUUCAAGAAGUGCAUUGCAGUGGGAAUGGCGACCGACUUGGUGUUGGACAACAGCAAGAGGCUGGCCAAGCGGAAACUAAUCGAGGAGAACCGGGAGCGCCGUCGGAAGGAGGAGCUGCAGAAGACGGUGUGGGACCGACUGGAGCCCACCCAGGAGGAGUGGGACCUCAUCCGUAUGGUGACCGAGGCCCACAUGGCCACCAACGCCCAGGGCAACCACUGGAAGCAGAAGCGGAAAUUCCUGGUCGAGGAAGCUAUGCUUCUUAAUGAAAUAACAUGUAAUUUAUUCUAUACUUCUGACCAGAGUGCAGCGGGGGUGAAGGAAACUAAGCCUGAGGAUAUUGGUCAAGCGUCCAUGGUCAAUACACCUGAAGGAAACAAAGUGGAUAUAGAAGCCUUCAGUCAGUUUACAAAAAUUAUCACCCCUGCCAUAACCCGAGUGGUGGACUUUGCCAAAAAACUGCCUAUGUUUUGUGAGCUGCCUUGUGAAGACCAGAUCAUCCUGUUGAAAGGCUGUUGCAUGGAGAUCAUGUCACUGCGAGCUGCUGUUCGCUAUGAUCCAGAGAGUGAGACGCUCACGCUCAACGGCGAGAUGGCGGUCACGCGGGGACAGCUUAAGAAUGGAGGUUUGGGCGUAGUCUCGGAUGCCAUCUUCGACCUUGGCGUGUCGCUGUCCUCCUUUAACUUGGAUGACUCUGAGGUGGCUCUUCUACAGGCUGUCAUCCUGCUUUCAUCUGAUCGGCCGGGCCUGAGUAGUGUGGAGAGAAUCGAACGCUGCCAAGAGGAGUUCCUGCUGGCCUUUGAACAUUACAUCAACUACCGCAAACACAAAGUGGCGCAUUUCUGGCCCAAGCUGCUAAUGAAGGUGACGGACCUGCGGAUGAUCGGCGCCUGCCACGCCAGCCGAUUCCUUCACAUGAAAGUGGAGUGUCCCACCGAGCUAUUCCCUCCACUCUUCCUGGAGGUCUUCGAGGACUGACGAAUGGAUUUUAUUGUAUGUGUGUGUGCGUGCAUGUAUGUGUGUUUGUAUGUGUCUGUGCACAUACGUCAGCGCCUGGGCACCCUGGUGGUUUCAGGGGUGGAACCAGCAGAAGGCCCGUCACAAUGAACUUUCUAUUAGCACUACUGAGUGUCCUUCAUUCCAUAGUUUAGGAGUAGCUCUCUGGUCUAGUUUUGGAUGGAACCAUUCCUUACAGUGCGGGUACAUGUGAAUAGCAUUUUGUUCUCUCUCUUUUUUUUUUUUUGGUUUGUUUUGUUGUUGUUAUUGUUGUGGCUAUAACCUCUCACCUCGGAUUUUACUAUAGGGUUGUUUUUUUUGUGUUGAUGAUUGUACAGUUGGCAUAAUGGUGAUUUUUAUCAACACUUGUUCAUUCAUUAGAAACCAUGCAAAUGUUGUAUUUUCCUUCCUUUUAUGAUGAAAAAUUCAAAAUGGCUGCUUACCUGAUACAUAAAAUAAGACAUUGUUAGCGAUCCAUUACCCUUUCCCUCACCUGCACAACCUUUUUGGACCCAUUUGUUGGUUAAUACGUACAUUAUAUUAACGGUCAUAUAGUCAGCCAUCCAUCUGGUGAGUGUCUGAACUGUUCAGUGCCUCACCUUCAUACUGUGACCUGACCCAUUAACAGCAACACUCAUUCUAAUGGACAAUAGCUCACAUGCCUUUGUAAGGCCCUGGGUAGCCACACAUCACCACAUUAAGUCAUAAUGUUGCGUUCCAGAGAUGUCGGAAAAAUCUGAAUUUUUCAACAGAACAGCAACUCAAGGCAGAACUCCGAGUAAGACGCCUGGGCAAGGUUUUCCAACAUUAACUUUUCUGAGACGCCGUUAUUUGAUGUCACAUCUCCGUGGCAGCAUACACUGUUAACACUACACAACAAUACUGUUAAACUUGUUUGUAAUCCUCAAAACACACCAGUUCAUUUUUCAGUAAAGUAUGAGCAUAAUUCUGCUCAAUACUUACCUACCUACCUGUGAUAAGUAGCUAAACAUGGAAUUAUGGAAUUAUGAAAUUUAAAGGUACACUGUGCUAAUGUGCUGUGCUAACUACCUAACAAACAUUGCUAAAUAUCAUGGACAGCAUUAGCUGUUUCACUAUGACAGCAUAUCAGGGCCAUUGCAGAAGAAGAAAAAAGGACGACAAAGGAUGAUAUUUUGGAAAAAAAAUCUGCCAAAUGAAUGCAGAGAAUGUUUAUAUGACACCAAAGUCAGAAAUAUGCAAGUCAAAUCUGUACAUUUAUUGAAGUAAACCACACUGCUCUUCCCUUUGACAUGCUCCUUCUCGUAUGUAGAGAAUGGCAAACCAAACUUCAUUCAAAAAUCUGUUUGUUUGCUAAUCAGAGAGAUAGAGACUGUAUGUCUAUGGCGCACAUAUGUGACAUAUGUGUAUUACCUUUCACAAAACCUUUUUUAGUUUACAGAGCUCCUACCCAAUGUCUAAUGAAACAGAUUGUUUUGGGCUUUUUACAUAACAAAUGGAGAGUCGAUUAGUUGAUCGACAGAAAAAUAAUCUGCAACCGUCGUUUAAGACAUCAUCUUAACCCUUAGGAAAUUGUGUUUUUUACUGUUUUCUCACAUUUUAUUAAACAAACGCUUAAUCAAGAAAAUAAAAGCAGAUUAAUCGAUAAUUUAAAUAAUUGUUAGUUGCAACCCUAAACAAAUUUAUUUUCAUUAUUUAUAAACCAGAACUUGGAAUGGCAGAAGUAUUGCAGGGGACAAAUUUCUGUUCUUCCAUGGCCCUAAUACUCUGUCGUAGCUGCAUUUAAAAAAAAAAACAAAACAAAACAAAACAAAACAACAAAAAUCUGGCCAAAGACAAUCUUGCUUGUGUCCAUGUUUUUUGUCUUUAUUUUUACAAACUGGACUGUGGAAACGCACAGUGGUUGUAAUUCUAACCCACCUGCUGGUUAUUCAGACUUCUGACAUUGAAGGGAACGCAGCAGCAGCAGCAGCAUUCAAACGAGCUUGUUCAUCAUUGCCAGAGAGUGGUCAGGACUAACUAAAGCACAUAAUGACACUGAUGUCAGGAAAAGACAAUCAUAUAGUUCUUGUUUUUGUGUAACGAUGCCACAUGCUGUGCCAAAAGUGAAUGAUGCCCUCCUUAUUGAAUCCCUGCUGGGCUUUCAUAGUGAUUCCAAGACUUGACUGGUUAUGCUAGUUAGUGCAUGCCGCUCACACAAAGUCGUCCUUCUGACUCGUGUUUUAGUCCACGUUAGCAGCUUCUACAAUACAACCAUUUUAGUUUGAAGUGUUUCAUCUCGGCCAUGUUGCCUCACUAGUCCCACAUACAAUGAUUUCAACCAUUUUGUUAUUUGUUUUGGGUUUUUUUACAACUCCCUAAAAAGGGAGACUGUAUGUUAAAACAGUGACAUCAUGGUGCUAUGGUGGGUUGGGGAAAUGGCUGAUUGAACUGUAUUGUUAUUUACAUGCAGACAUUAUCUGUUUGUAUAACAGCCCACCACCCUUUUAUGAUGGCAUGCAUAUACACUAACACACAAACAUGCACAUAUACAGUACCUACAGUAUACCUGUACACAUACUGUACACAUGCACAUAUAUGCAUGUGCCUCGACAGGAUAUGGGUCAGACCCCGCCACUGUGACCAACAGGGGGGAUUUGGAGGCCAAGUGAACAUUGGCUGGCCCAAAAACAGUAUGAUUUAUCAUCAGCAAGGUACACUCAGAACGCUGAUGAGAUUGUGAAAACGUAGCGCUUUCCUUUCUUUUAUUUUAGCCGGUAUGUUCUUUUUUUUUUUGUUGUUGUUGUUCUAAAAGCCUCUCUAUGGUAUUGUCGUUUGCAAUGUGACAACAUUUGCUUUGUAUAUCUCGCUUUUUCCAGCUUCACACUACUCCUCAAAGCAGCUUGUGUUUUUUUUUUUUGUUUUGUUUUUUUUUUGUUUUUUUUUUCUUCUGUGAAGUGAUGCCUUUUAUCAAAGCAAUAGACUUGCUGCAGUGUUUGAAUGACCCGGACCUCACACACACACCUCGCAAACUGUACAGACUCAAAAUAAAUGCACAGACAAUCAGAGGGAGAGAAAUGGAUGGGGGGAGAGGCACCCAGGCUAAGGCGGCCCGGUUGACAUGUAGGGCCGGGCCGUGCUGAGCCAGAGCCAUUUGGAAAAGUAACAUUGGCCACGUUUACAUGCACCCCUGUUGUCCAUAGUCCUGUUGAGGUUAUCUUCACGUUAAGUCGUUUGCAGGAGCCUUUGAUACCCUGUGACUGAGCCUGCCUGCUGCCAUUAAUGAACCAGUUAACAGAGUAGUCCUGGUAGAAAAAAUACAGCAAAAAAAAUCAAACUGAUGUCCCAUUAGUUUGUUCUCACUAAUGUGUGAAAAGAUGAACAAAAGUUUAAAAAAAAUAAAAAAUUAAAAAAAUAACAAAAAGUGAAAUGAAUUUGGUCAGUUAUCACAACCAGAGGCUGGUUGCACAAGCAUGCUUAUGUUAGACUGAUCUAUAGAGUUAGGCCAGUCUUAAUUCUGCUCUUAGACUUGUCUAACGGCCCAAAUAGUUCCAGGAACUAAACUCAGGAACUAAAUGAGGACCUAAAAGUCGUUUUGUUGCAUUUGUGUUUUCGUUUCCAUCGUAUCUGAAGAACCGUGAAGAUUAGACCAGCAAAUUACUUUAGCAAAUUAGACCUAAAAGGCAUUAAAACUGCUGUAGCACUUUGGAGGCUUGUGUUUGACCAGUCAGUGGCAUCAGUACUUAAACCCCACCCUGAUAGCUGCUGGACCAUUAAUACAUACUUCCUCAGGAGCAGGAAUUUUUUGGAGGGCGCAAUCUAUGGCCCAGGAACCAAAACUGGAACUACUUUCCUUAGAUCGAAAUGCAAGUCAAAUUCCUGAGUUUCUGUAAAUAUUUCUGGGUCCCUGCACAGGGAAAAGAGCCACAAUGAGAGUUAAGACACUUAAACAAAAUAAAAAUGGAGUCAUUUCAUAGCUGCAUUCAUUGAUUUUUUUUUUUUUCCCCACUAGAUGGCAGAACUCCACAACAAGUUGAUGGACACACAACCUUGACAUUUCACUGUAUAAUGUUGUUAUGGCUAAUGUGUUAGCAAACAGUUUUUUGCACAAACCGAGCAGCAUUAGCAUUCAAUUGGAGUCGUGUAUGUGUCUGAUGACGAUGAAUGUAAGUCGAAUAUUCACUUUUGGUGUCCACCAACUUCUGAGGGAAAUAUCUAACCCGUUAUCUGCUAGAUGUUCGGCUUUCUUCACCAGCUAGUCACUAACUUCGCCUAUUUGACAUUAGGUGCUUGGCAGGUAGCGUACAGUAGGUUUAUCAGAGCUACUGCCUGGAAACAGGGCCGGUGAGAGUGGUGAGACACCACUAUACAGUAAAUUACUUAAACAAUGAGUCCCAAAAGACAAAAAAUCUCUGUAGCACUGCAGAGUUGGGUAAUAAUUGUCUGUGGUAACCACUUUCACAUUAAACAUUUAUUGCUAAGAUAUUGAUCAAUAGAGUUUAAAGCCUAAAGUUAGCCACUGUAUAUCCAGGCUAUGUCAGAGCAAUCAGAGCUUUUCCAGAGAACAGUCACAGCAAUAUCACUGUUGACCCCAUUAACUCUGCAUUAUCCUCCGCUGUUUAUCCCCCAACCCACCACCAGGUAUAUUUAGCACAACUUUGACAUCUUUCCAGUGCUCCUUUUUUUAAGCUUUCCUUUAGCUAUUGUGAAUCAAGGUUUGUGGAAUAUUUCCAUCCAUUUCCUUCAGUGAACUAACCCUAACCCUUCAGAACUCUGCCUUUCUGCUUAUGGGCAGUGAGUAAAAAACAAAGAUAGGUUCACAUUUUGUUGAAGUCUAUGUUUAAAGAUCGUUAGAUGGUUUUGUGAAACUGAAGAACUUUGACAUCAGUCUAAAGUGUGACUUUUAGUUAGAUCUAAGUCAUAUCCAAAGUCUACCUGUGCAGCCAGCCCCGGGUUCCUCAUGGUCAAAAGUACAAACUUUAAAGGCUAAUGGUCUUUCAGGUGAGUCACAAGUCCUACUUCAAAAUUCUUGACAGAGAUGUUUGGGCAUUGCAUUCUAAAAGUUUGUAACUGUUCUCAGCCUGCCUAUUUCCCUUAAUGCACACCAAGUAACUUACCACAUCUUGUGCAAAGGAAAACAAACAAAGGCAAAAUUACAAAAAUCCAACUUCCAAUCCAAACAGGGUAAUAAACCAGACAUUACAGCAGUGAUAAGUUUCAUUUGAUAUUUAAAAGGAAUGGACUGUUAACGCAAACAGGGUGGGGUUUUUAUAGCAAAAUAAGCAACCAAAACCUUACUUCACCAUUAACCAAAAUAAUUUACAGUAACCUCAAAGCUGCAUUAAUCAGUUUUAGUUGGCCGUUUGGUGGCAGAACUUCAUAACAAGCUGAAAAUCACACUCAUUUGACAAAUUAUGGCCUUAUAAAGUAGAUAACAUGCUAUUUACACACCUGCAGACGUGGCGCUAGCAUUAAUUUGGGGUGGUUUCUGCUGACCUAAUGAAUGUAAGUCUAAUGUUCACUCUCCCUCAAUCUCUGUUUUGGUUUUGAACAACUUCUGAGAAAAAUAUCCGACUCUUUAGCUGCUACUGUAAAUGCUUCAUUGUGUUCACAAGCUAGUCGCUAACUUUUUCUGUAUGCCGUUUGGUGGAGGGGAGGUAGCGUACAGUUGAUUAUCUGAGGUCUGAUAACAGCUGCCCGGUGAAGGAGGCGAUGAGAACGUUGAGACAGAACCAAAACAGUUAAAUUGUGGACCAUAAAACCAAAACAAUGAGAUGAAAGAUGCUAAAAUGCUCCGUAGAGCUGAAGAGCUUGUGAUGAUUCUCCGUGGGUUCGUCACUGGAAGCGACCCCUUCACAUUACAGGUAGUUACUUGACUCAUUGUUCAUAUAAAUUUAAUAAUCAGUGCAGCUUUAACCCAAAAAAAUUAAAACAAAAAAUAUAUAUUUUUGACCAAAUUACAUUCAAAUAAAAUUUGAGCAAGCAUUACAAACUUUAACUGUUUGUAGUCUAUGAUAUGAAUGUUUGUGUUUUUUGUAGGUUAUGUACAAAGUGGAGUUAAAGGCCGUAAGAAUAUGUUGGAUUUGUAUAUGUCACCCACUUAACUAUAAUUACUUGAAUAAUCAUAUGCACAAAGCUGUUGGUGCAUGUAAACAUAGUCAAUGCUGACUGCUGGUUCAAAAAAUGUUUACUGUUCCUGAAGAGGUGCCAGUACGCUGUUAUCUUUCCCACGAGUUGUUACUCUUAAGGUUACUCAGUUACAAACCAAUAACAAGAGUUGCACCAUAGAAAAGCUAUUUUACAGUACAAAGGAAAAAGGAUGUAUAUUUUCAGACUGAAGAUUUUUUUUUACGGAUGUUGUUAGCAUAAUAUGAACAUGAUAUUGUUUUGCAUAGCGUUAAAAAAAAAAUACAGUAUCUUGCUCUCAAAUCCAUUUCCACAUCUCUGUAAAAGUAUGAGCAAGACAUUAUGAAUCAUAAAAAACACUUAAAUUAGUGCAUUAGUUCUACAAUUGCAAAAAAAAAAAUCAAUUAUUACUGUAGCUGGACUUCACUGUCAGUACAAAGCAGCAUAGCUACACAUGAACACAUUUAAGGAAAACUUAUUUGUCAAAGUGUAACCAGCAUCAGAGAAAAAGUCAUCCACCGUCAACACAGAUUUCUCCUUGUGUGUUUGAGUGUCUUCUUGUUCAAUUCAUCUUUUCAACAUGUACUGGAAAACCGUCACGGAGAGAAAGGGAGAUAAAGUGUGUGUAGGUUUAGGAGCGGAUCUGUGGCAGCAGAACAGAAGAUGAGAAAAUUUUGUUCCAAAUUUGCGGUCUUGCACUCUGCAUUUUACUGGAAACAUUAUCUGGUUAUCCAUUGUCCAGCUCCGGACAUGAGCGCGGAGGAACUCGAGGAAAUGAUUUGGAUGGUCAUGACUGACGAUGAUUGCAGCUAAUGUGAAUUGGCUCUUGAGAAUAAAGAUGGUUUUGAGAGAA